AUGACUCUAACGGCUCGCUACCCCUGCCUCUGUCCCACUCGCAAGGAACCUGCGGCGGCCUUUGCACCCCGUGGUGCUGCAGUGGAUCGCGGAGGCCUGGACGGGACGAAGAACCACCUGGUGAUGUCUCACCUGCGCGCCAGGAGCACCACCGAUGUCUCCGAGGAUAUGUGCCUCGGAGGAACCACGGGCGACAACACGCGCGUGCUUGGGCAGGCUCCAAAGGAGGAGGAGGAGGAGGAGGAGGAGGAGGAGGAGGAGGAGGAGGAGGAGGAGGAGGAGGAGGAGGAGGAGGAGGAGGAGAUGUAG